AAUUGUUGAUCUUCAUCAAAUGAAAGAGUAUUAACAAUCCUAAUUUGCUCAGAAGACCAUGAAUAUAAGAAGAAACAAAUGUCGGAAUUAGUUCAAGCAACAAUGGUAGAAAAAAGCUCUUUCUCAGGAGCAAAUGAUCCAAAAUGGGUUGUGAUCCAGGAGACAAAGUUAUUCUUGUGAUGGUUUUGAAAUGAUUGAUUGGCAAAUAUAAGUUGGGCAGACAUUUAAAUACAAAAUGGCAAAUCUAAAAUUCAAUCAAUUGUUGCUUAGGAGAGAGGAGAGAGAAAGUUAGUUGAAGAGAAUCAUGUGAACUAACCUAAAUUCACUCCACCUAUUUCUUUUUAUAUGUGAACUAAAAUCAUUCCCAGAAGCUGAUGCCCAUGUGGAAAACUUUAAAAACAACACUUGAGUUGUUUUUUAAGCAAUUAUUGUACAAGAACAACUAACAAACUUGUUUUUAAGGGGAAACCAGUAAACAUAGACAUAAGGAAAAAAUCUUCAAGUUUCUGUUGAAUUUAAAAGCUUUCCACACUUUCAAUUCUGGAUCAGAUCAGCUGUGUGAAAUGCAUAACUCACUGGUUUUUUAGCAAAACAAUGAUUGCAUUUAUUGGCAGCACCUUUACUUUUUUAAAGAAAACUUUCACUAUUGUAACCCUUUUUCAUGUCAAAGAGGACAAUCGGCACUAAGAGUAGGGGCUAGAGUUGCUGUCUAACGAGAAACAGUUCAAAGUUUCAUGGAGUCCCAGAAAGCAGAAUCAGCAACUAACAAAGCUAUUGAUCCGGCCCUUAUGUCAUGUCGAAAGAAAAAGUCUGAGAGUGCAACAUUUUUGGAGGACGUCAGAGAUCAUAUCGACGAGUUCAUCCAUGCUUCAAUGGAUGAACACAAAUCUUGCUUUAAAAAGACCAUAAAGAAAAUGUUUGGGAUGUCAAAAGUUGUUGCUGAGAGGAAUUCAGAAUCCGAAGGAGUCGAGGUUUCGUUGCCGCUCCAGACUUCAGUUUCCCAGUAAAGAGUGAAGUAUGGCUCCUUUCCUGUUAUAUAAAUACAGUUCAAUUUUGUCGUUGGUUUGUUACAUUCACAUGAAGUGUUGUGAUUAAUAAUUAGUUAAACUGAACAAAUGUUGUGUGAGCGGUCUGCUAUUGGAGUACAGUUUCAACAUUCUGCUUUAUUUUGGUUUCCA